ACUACCGACUUUCGCGACAAGCAGGGAUCAAUCAAAGGAAGAAGCUCUUUUACUUUCCGCGUGGCAACGAUCUCAUCCACGUGUCACCAAAACUCAACCCCCUCACUCCGGCAAUGUUCCGAACGGCGGCGAGACGUCUUCUCGGAGCUGGUUUCACAACCAGCCGCCUCCUCCGAUUACCCAAGCCCCGGCCCACCACCAUCAUCCCUUACUCUUACUGCACUUCCUCGACCGAAUCGCCGAUUGGUAAUCAAUCCGUAAACCCUAAUCAAUCGGAUCCCACCGCGACGUCUUCUUCGACGGCUAGAGAGGAAGGGCAUCGUCGAGAUGAGAACAGCAGGAAACCGAGAGCUGAGUUUGAGGAAGAGCAGGCUCGUGUCCUCGCCGCGUCUCUUCGCCACGUGCCGAGGUUAGGUUGGACGGAGGAAGCCAUGAUUGCAGGUUCCAGAGACGUUGGUGUGUCUCCUUCCAUUGUUGGCUCUUUCUCCAGGAAAGAAGCUGCUCUUGUUGAGUACUUCAUGGAUGAUUGCUUGCAACUCCUUAUCGAUAGAGUAGACUCUGGGUUGGAUUUGCAAAACCUGAUUCCAAGUGAACGUGUUUCGAAGCUCGUCAGGAUUCGCUUAGAGAUGCAGAUUCCUUACAUGUCCAAAUGGCCUCAAGCUCUUAGUAUUCAAGCCCAUCCGGUGAAUGUUCCGACGAGUUUUAAGCAGCGGGCUAUGUUGGUUGAUGAGAUAUGGGACACUGUUGGUGAUGGAGCCUCGGAUUUGGAUUGGUAUGUCAAGCGCACUGUUCUUGGAGGAGUUUACUCGACCACCGAGAUUUACAUGCUUACAGAUAACUCCCCAGAGUAUCGUGAUACAUGGGCAUUCUUGGAUGACAGAGUCAAAGAUGCUUUUGAUCUGAAGAAGAGCAUACAAGAGGCCAAGUAUUUUGCACAAGACAUAGGAGCUGGAGUUGGGAAAUCGUUUCAAGGACUCAUGAAUGGAGUUAUGCAGACCAUGUCCACAAGGGGUGGUCGUAGCUCUGCGUUUUGAAGAAAUAUGACACCUUCACACAAUAAAUUUGCUUUAUCCUUUUAUGAUUAUCUAGUAUUUUGAGUUUGAGAUGUGCUCUAAUAAUGAUAUUAGUAUGUAUGACUUGAAGUGUAUAAACUUUUAUUCAACACGAGUCGCGAAUCACUAUGCUCUCUUACCCGGGACUGAAAGGACCAAGAAGAGAUGCCUUAAUGGUUUUGGUUU